AUGUCACAGUAUUCUGGAAAGAUAGUGUUUUAUGAGGGAAGAUGCUUCACGGGCAGGAAGCUGGAGGUGUACGGAGACUGCGAUAACUUCCAGGACCGUGGCUUCAUGAACAGGGUGAACUCCAUCCGUGUGGAGAGCGGCGCUUGGAUCUGUUACGACCAUCCCGACUUUAAGGGCCAACAGUACAUCCUGGAGCGCGGAGAGUACCCAGAGUUCCAGCGCUGGAACUCCCACAAUGACCACAUGGGCUCCUGCAAGCCUGUCAGGAUGCAUGGAGAGCACUACAGGAUCGAGCUGUACGAUGGAGGCAAUUACUCAGGUCACUGUAUGGAGCUGUGUGAAGACUGUCCCUUCCUGCAGAGUUGUGGCUAUGGCAGGCCCUGUGUCAACUCCGUCAGGGUGUUCGGAGAUGGAGCCUGGGUGAUGUAUGAGGAGCCUAACUUCCGUGGCCGUAUGUAUAUCGUUGAGAGAGGAAACUACUGCAGCCACAACGAGUGGCAGGCCCAGACUCCCAACAUCCAGUCCAUCCGCAGGAUCGUCAACUACUUCUAAACCUCUAUCUCUCUGCUCCAGUCCCCUUCUUCAGUCAUACCUCUUUCUGCCAGGCCACAGACUGAUAUGUUUCCC